AUGGCCUCCUCCGUUGCUCAAAAGCGUCUCUUCCACGAAUACAAAAACCUCUCCACCAACCCUCCAGAGGGCAUCACCGCCGGGCCGGUCUCGGAAGACGACAUGUUCUACUGGGAAGCCUUGAUCCAGGGACCCGAGGGCACUCCCUUCGAGGGCGGUGUUUUCGCCGCCGAGCUCAAGUUCCCCAAGGACUACCCGCUCAGUCCGCCGACGAUGAAGUUCGUCGGUGGCGGGGUGUGGCAUCCGAAUGUCUAUCCCAAUGGCACGGUCUGCAUCUCCAUCCUCCACCCACCGGGCGACGAUCCGAACCACUACGAACACGCCUCGGAGCGCUGGUCGCCCAUUCAAAGCGUGGAGAAGAUCCUCAUCUCGGUGAUGAGCAUGCUCGCCGAACCGAACGACGAGAGUCCUGCGAAUGUGGAGGCGGCGAAGAUGUGGCGCGAGCGGAGACCCGAAUAUGAGAAGAAGGUGCGCGAUGAGGUGCGCAGGGGGUUGGGGUUGUGA